AUGAGUUGUGGUCAGUUUGAUGAUGCGCUGGAUGAUGCCACGCAAAGGUUGGAUUUCUUCCAGCUGCAGGAUAAACCACCAGUUCCUACCAACAAAGCGAAUGCCGCUGACACAAGGAAGGCCGAAAUUGAACUACAAGAUGCACUUUUUGGUGGCUCACGGCUCAAAGAAAACCUGCCGUCCGACGCACAAUGGGAAGAGUAUUACGAGGACGAGGAGAGCGAGGAUGAUGAUGAUGAUUUCUAUUGCUACGAAGGGGGAGAACUGAAGCGAAAUCAGCAGCUAAAUCUAAAUCAAUCACACACCAACGCUCAACAUGCAAGUCAGAAAGUAUCGCACUUUCAACCAGCGGAUGUUUUGUUUAAAAAGUUCACCAACCGCAUCAACGUGGAGAAGUACGAAGGACCGGCAUCGCUGCCAAACCACGCCAAGAAUACACUCAUCGAGACGCAACGCAAGGUAGACAGCGAUCGAUUGCGCAGCAAGGACAAGCAAGAUCGUGCGACGGCCGAACAGGUGAUGGAUCCACGGACACGUAUGAUUCUUUUUAAGCUCCUCAACCGUUCCAUGAUAACCGAAAUCAAUGGGUGCAUUUCCACCGGGAAAGAAGCGAACGUGUAUCACGCCACGUCUAGCAGCGGGCGGGACUACGCAAUAAAAAUCUUCAAAACAUCCAUCCUAACGUUUAAGGAUCGGGAUAAGUACGUUACCGGAGAGUAUCGAUUCCGGCACGGUUACAGCAAGCACAAUCCACGUAAGAUGGUUCGCACCUGGGCAGAGAAGGAGAUGCGUAAUUUGGUGCGCAUGAAGAAGUGUGAUCUGCCCGUUCCCGAGCCGAUUCUGUUGCGUAGCCACGUGUUGGUGAUGGAGUUUAUCGGGCACGACGGUUGGCCGGCCCCAAAGCUCAAGGACGUUGAGCUAAGCGGUUUGAAGGCGCGUGAACUGUACCGGGACACGGUGGAAAUGAUGUGGACCAUGUACAACCGCUGCAAGCUGGUGCAUGCCGAUCUGUCCGAGUUUAAUCUGCUCUACCACGAGGGCAAGAUAGUCAUCAUCGAUGUGUCACAAUCGGUCGAACAUGAGCAUCCACAUGCGCUGGAAUUUUUGCGCAAAGAUUGCACCAAUGUGACGGACUUUUUCCGCAAGCGUGAGGUAUCAACGAUGACCGUGAAAGAGCUGUUCGAUUUCAUCACCGAUGCAGCCAUCACCGAGGACAGGGUAGAGCAACGUUUGGAGGAAAUAUCCGAACGGAUAGCGAAUCGCAGCUUCGACGAAUUUACCGAACAGCAAAAACUGGACGAAGCGGUUUUUAAGCAAAUUUUCAUCCCGAAAACACUGCACGAGGUGUACGAUGCCGAGAGGGAUGUGUUCGAUAAGCGUACGGACGAGUUGGUGUACAAGACGAUCACCGGCCUGGAGACGUUGGAAGGGGGGCGGAAACAGCCCAAUCAACAGAAAGGAUCAGAAAACGGAGAUUCGGAUACUGAAACGGAUACAGCCUCGGAACUGUCGGACGAUGAUGAAGGUGGUAAACAAUCGUCGAAUGGCGGUGUGAUUGUGGUGCGAUCGAAAGAUGAAACACCCGAAGAGCGCAAAGCACGCAAAAAGGCGGUGAAGGAUGAAAAGGCGGAAAAGCGAAAAACAAAGGUGAAAAAACACAUUAAAAAACGAAAGGAAAAAAUUGGCGCAAGGAAAUAG